ACGCGUCGAUUGAAUUUUGUCCUGGCCGCUCGCCGUCCUCGGAGGCGGCACCGUGGCGCCCUGCUGCAGCUGUGGCGGUGAAGAAGAGGUGAGCCGUCCACGAAGAAAGCACAAACUACUGUCUCUGUCUGAACCACUCCAGCUGGCGUCGUGGCACUAUAAAUAGUGGUACAUCAUGGGAAACACAAGCGACCGGGUGGCUGGAGAACGCCAUGGAGGAAAGGCCCACCGCUCAGACAGCAGCGGGAGUCACAAAGACCAAGAGCACAGUAGCAAGAUGGUUGACAGCACAGAUGAUCCUAACAUCUUCAACACCCAUGGACCUGAGUCCAAGGCGUCAGGAGAGAAAGAAUUCACUCCAGAUCUGGAUGACCUGGUUAAAACGGGUCCACAGGCUCGACCCACUGUGAUCCGCUGGGCUGGAGGAGGGAAGGAGGUCUACAUAGCUGGUUCCUUCAAUAACUGGAACACAAAGAUACCACUAAACAAGAGCCAUAAUGACUUUGUAGCAAUUCUGGACCUACCUGAAGGAGAGCACCAGUACAAGUUUUUUGUAGAUGGACAGUGGGUCCAUGAUCCUUCAGAGCCCGUGGUAACCAGCCAGCUCGGCACCAUCAACAACCUGAUCCACGUGAAGAAGUCUGACUUUGAGGUGUUUGACGCCCUGCAGGUGGACUCUCUGGAGUGCUCAGACACGUCAGACUUGUCCAGCUCCCCUCCAGGUCCAUACGGGCAGGAGCAGUACAUCUUCAGACCUGAGGAGCACUUCAAAGCCCCACCGAUCCUUCCGCCUCACCUGCUUCAAGUCAUUCUCAACAAAGACACCAAUAUAUCUUGUGACCCCGCCCUGCUGCCUGAACCCAACCACGUCAUGCUAAAUCACCUUUACGCGCUUUCAAUAAAGGACGGAGUAAUGGUGCUGAGUGCGACUCACAGAUACAAGAAGAAAUACGUCACCUCUCUGCUUUACAAGCCGAUCUAAACCUUCAGCUGCACAGUGCUUUUAGGGAGCAGCAUGUUUGUAUUCUGCUGUUUUUUGUGUGUGCGUGUCAUCACAUUUAGCCGCAGUCGUGCACACAAACAGGUUUAUGGUUGAGCUGAAGACUGUGACUGGGUUUUUGUUUUUUUUUUAAGGAGGCUGCACUUCUGUCUACAUAGGGCUCUGAAUACAGGUAGAGAAGUGCGCGCGUGUCCGUGAGAGAUAACAGCCAUACUGUGGCUUUUUACCUGUGACACCCACAGGAGAGACUGACUAAAUCACUGUGUGUUGGAGUUUUUGCUGCACAUUGUAAUUCUUUUUUUUUUUGUGUGGCACAUUUGUCAUGUUUGACUUUCUCAGAUUGAGGACCUGUGAGAGGGAUUUUUAGCUUUUCAGUUUGACAUCAGCAAGUCGUUAUAUAUCUGGUUGAGUUACGUGUUUGACCUGAUUGCAUGCACAAUGACAGGAUAACUUGAAGUGGCCUGUAGUCAGGGUCGAGGUGCUGAAGGGAGCACAACACAAGGUGUUAAGUGCAAUAAAAUGUUUUUAAAAAAGUACUGAAUUAAAUCCUCGGUAAAUCCAGAACAACAAUGUGAUGCUCUUGUUGAGGAAGCCGCUGAGUUUCUCACACUUCAGUUGAGCCUGACUCAUAUAAAUAAGCCUAUCAUUUCAGUUUUUCAACGCAGUGGUCAUUGUAGAUGGAGUAGUCAUCGAUUUCAAAGUUUUAUUUCAAAGUUUUUCAGAUGGAGAACGGAGGCCGGGGCUCGUGUUUAGUUUCGCUGUUGCCUUUUUCUUGAUGUGAGCUUUUCAAGCACUUCGCUGACGUUGAUGUGAGCUUUUAACUAUGCAGCCGACGACUCUCGUACUGUAGCUUCUCUGGACUGCAGAAUCUAAUUUACUAUUUUUUAUUUAUUUUCAGUAAAUUUAUCUGUGUAUCUGUACCGAGUGCUAUUUAUAAAAUGGAAAUGUACUGUAUGUAUCUGUUACACGCGCAGUCGUCUGCGAGCCCCCGCACACCCACAACCGUUUCAACUCGCUGCUUUUCACUGAAUGUCUGCAGCUUAAUGAAGAUACGGACACACACACCUCACCUCAAAUAAAUACAUAAAUAAAUAAAUCACGGGCACACUGCCAGACGUAUUAACAGGGCUAUUGAUUGAAUUAACAGUUGCCAUGAAUUUAAAUGUUGUACAAAGUUUGUUUGUGUGAAGAAGAAGCAUUUAAGCUAAUGUGUAUUUUUUGGUAUGCUGGCUUUAAAAGUUGUUUGUGUCCCUUGCUGUGCUGUGUAAUGGUUUGCACCUACAGCACAGAAUAUGCCCACAGUUGAUCUGCAGAUGAAAGUGGCUGCCAUGAAUGUUGGUGUUGAGCGAGGCGCUCUUAAAGUAUUUUGGUGAAUGUUGAGUUGAGCCGUGACGAGUUCGUGUGAUGAGGGACAAGCGCCGUGGACGUGGAGAGUUGAGGCUAAAACCAAAACUUGAAUUUUGCAGCUGUUUCUCAUGAAUGUUUUACGAUGCUUUGCAGAAGCAGUGAGAUGAUCCUGUGCAAGGUUUUACUUGUUUGCAAAUAAAGGGAGGACGUUCUGGUCCCAAUUGCU